UUCUUUCAAAAAAUAUUUUUACAUGUGGCCCUAAUACUGAGGCUGACAAAUUAAAAUUGUCUUUUGGUCUCGGGACAGGACCAGAGCAGGAGUCUUAACUCAAACUGCUCAAGUGAUGCUUUCCAAAUAACUUCGUGUGAACUUUUCCUUUAAACCCUGUUGAUAUGUCUGUUGUCAUGAACUUGGUAGUGAGUUACCAAGCUCCCAGGGAGCCGUUGCCAUGGCAGACACUCACAACACACUGCGCGCGUGGACAGAUCCUGUUCGACGCUGCGAAUAGCCAACCUAUCCCAGGGUCGUGUUCCGGUCACGUGGUCUGUGAGCGUGGCCCUAAAAUGAAGUUGAAUUCCUCCUCCGUCAUAUUAGCGUUGCCGAGGCUGAGCCGGUGAACACCUGCAGCGUUCACACACACACACACACACGGAUUAUUUCCAGAACUUUCUGUCACCUUCAAACCGCGUGGAAAUGUUCAACAGUGUUCUGAGAGACUUUGACGACGACCCGUUCUUCUCGGAGCCGGCCCGGGCUCACAGAGAACACAUGCGGCACAUGAUGCGGAGCUUCUCUGAACCUUUUGGUGGAUCCUUACUGCCCAGUUUAAUGGACGGGAGAGGCCACGGUCACAACCCGGCGGAGAAUCCGAGCUCAUCGCUGGCGCUGAGAGACGAUUACAGGGACAUGAUGACGAACCCUUUCGGCAUGUUUGACAACGUGAUGGCCAACGUGAGAAACAGGAUGCAGGACAUGCACCGGAGCUUUGAGAACGUGUCCGCAGAUUCAAACAGCCACUCCUUCAGCUCCUCAUCACUCAUGACAUAUUCAAAGGUUGGAGAUGAGCCUCCCAAGGUUUUCCAGGCAACCUCAACGACACGCCGUGCACCUGGAGGGAUCAAAGAGACUCGGCAAGCACUUAAAGACUCUGAGAGCGGCCUGGAGAAGAUGGCAAUCGGUCACCACAUCCAGGACAGAGGACACGUUGUGGAAAAGAAAUACAACAAGAAAACAGGAGACAAGGAGUUCAACCAAGACUUUCAGAACCUGGAUGAAUCUGAAGCAGAGUCUUUUGAUGAUGAGUGGCAGCAGGAGCUUUGCAAGUUCCAACCGUCUGCACCCAUGCCUCGUCUAGAAGGAGCCCAGCCCCGUGCUGUUCACUGGGCAGCGCUCACUGCUCCAGAGCAGGCCCACAGAAACCAAUCAAAGGGCAAGACGGAGGGUAAACGCAACCUGAAAGACUCAGCAGAGCAGUAAAACCAUCUGUUCAUUUGCUUAUUAAAUCCUUUCAUGUAUCAUACAGUCACACACACACACACACACACACUGGUUUCCAUGACGUCAGAGGACAUUGCAUAGACUUACAUUAAUUUCCUGUAGACUUACUAUAACCGUAACCAUAAUUACUAGCGCCCUAACCCUGACCUUAACCUCAAACCCUAAAACUAAAACCAAGCCUUAACACUCAAGAAGCACCUUUUAGGGGUGACAGAACAUGAGGACCAGCCAAAAUGUCCUCACUCCCUUAGAUAUAUAAGUUUUUUUUGGUCUUCACAAAGACACCCCUACAAGAACACACAUAUACACAGCUAUUCCAUUGACCUCCAUUCAUUUGGACAGCCUAAACAAAGUGUAAUCCCUAACCGUAACCAUAACCACUUCAUAUUAGGACCAGGUUUUGGUCUCCAUGAGGACUGCUGGUCCUGACAAGGUCAGUGUUUAUGCCAGAAAGUGUCCUAAGGAGGCAACACAUAAAUGAACACACACACUCACAACAAGGAACUGACCUAGAUUUGCCUUCAAACUAAGAACUUUUGUAGACGACCGUCGUAUUACUCUGAACAUUUAUAAGAACUUUAUAGGUUCAAAUUCAGUCCAGAAACAUGCACAUUUGGGGAUUAGGCAAUUUGGACACUCUAAAUUGACUGUAGGUGUGAGAGUGAAUGGUUGUUUGUCUCUAUAUGUGUCCCUGUGAUGGACUGGUGAUCUGUCCAUGGUGUCCCCCGCCUUUCACCCUAUGUCAGUUGGGAUUGACACCAGUGCCACCCGUGACCCUCAUGUGGAGGAUAAAGCAGUAGAAGAUGAAUAAAUGAAUUCAUUUCUCCCAUGGCAUAUUUUGAAUCUUACCAAAAUGCACAUUUGAGUUUAAAAACAUGAUGAUAGACUGGUUUGAUAAGAAAACUAAAACCUAUCAGCACACUGUUCUAUGCUGGAACAUGAACUGUACGAGCAGAACACAUCAUUUAUAACACUGUGUAAGUAUAAUACUAACACAGUAUGUAUACUUAAUACACCUGGAACAUAUUUAAAAAUAAACUGAGAGUACAUUAAUGUGAGGCUGGAGUUUAUAGCAUUUAUCAUAAACAGCCAAAACAACAAUGGAUUCAUAGAAUUUUGCUCGUUUCUCACAUUUUGCAAAAUAAUUAUUGACUGUUAGAUGUCCACUAAUGCACUUAGACACUGUCUAAAUUCUCUUUUUGUAAUUACAUCGUCUAGUACCUGAUGUUCUAGGUGCAGUUUUAUGUAUUUUCUCUGCUGUAAUCUUUGUAAAAAGAAUAAUAAUAAUAAUAAUACUGUUACCUUUUUAUAUUGUUGCUUUGGAUUCUCUCAUUUUUCAUCCAAGGAUCCGUGCAGUGUACUACAAACUCUUUGACAAGGUGUGGAUUAUUUCCCAUAAUUCAAGAUUUGUUCUUGUAUAUUUUUUCAAGGUGUUAUCUGAAAAUAAAAAAUGUGAAAAUAUGA